AAUAGUUUUCCAAUAAUAGUAAACACGUUUUGCAUGGUUUGUAACCUUUAUACGACAACGACUAAACAAUUCGUGUGUGGCCACAAUUAAUGAUAAAAAUAUUUCAUUAAAUCUGAAACAGGGAUUUAGCAUAAGGUCGCUUCUGCCUUCAAUGUGGAAGAAAAAAUCUGUUCAUCAACUUGUCAAAUUUUCAUUAUUCUUUCAUCCAAUACCGCCAUGGAAAACACAGAUUAGUGGGAGAACAUCAUUCAGUUUUCUUGGUGGCAGUAACAGGUUUUAUAUCUCAUCUAAUCAAGCUUCUAGGCUUCAACAAAGUCAUCUUGUAAAAAUGAAGCUUGAUACACCAGAGUUCCACAAACUAUUUACCUCGGAGCUUAAGACAUUGAUUGCUUUAUUUGAGAAAAAUAAACAUGAGAUCCGUAUUGCCGGUGGACCAGUGCGAGAUCUGUUGAUGGGGAAAGUCUGCCACGAUGUAGAUCUAGCUACCACAGCAACACCAACCCAGAUGAAGGAGAUGUUCGAGUUAGAGGGGAUACGUAUGAUCAAUAAUAAAGGGGAAAGCCAUGGAACUAUCACUGCAAGAAUCAAUGACAAGGAAAACUAUGAGGUGACCACACUUAGAAUUGACAUUCGCACGGACGGCAGACAUGCAGAGGUAGAAUUCACUAAGGACUGGCAGUUGGAUGCUUACAGAAGAGAUCUCACUAUCAACGCAAUGUUUCUUGACGUAGAUGGCACAGUUUACGACUACUUCAAUGGCAUAGAGGAUGUUAACAACAGAAAGGUGCGUUUUGUUGGCGAUCCUGCAGACCGCAUACAGGAAGAUUAUCUCCGUAUACUUCGCUACUUCAGGUUUUAUGGUCGCGUUGCGGCUACAGCUGAAGAACAUGAGGAAGCUACGCUUAAGGCAAUAUCAGAGAAUGCAGAAGGACUGAAGGGUAUUUCUGGGGAGCGAAUCUGGCUGGAGCUGCAGAAGAUUCUCACUGGCAACCAUGCUGCUAGCAUUGUGAAGGCCAUUGUCCAGACUGGAGUCUAUAAGUACAUUGGGUUCCCUGACAGCCUUUCCCUGGAGGAGUUUGAGUCAGUGUGUGAGAGGACUGAGGGAUCUGUACCGACCCCCAUGACCAGAAUGGCUGCACUCUUCUCUGAUGUGGACCAGAUAUACGAGAUGAACAAACGCCUCAAGGUGUCCACAGACGAGCUGAAGACCUGCCUGUUUGUGGUGAUGUACCGCGACCAGUCCCCGGGGGAGAACGUGAUGCAGUAUUACCAGCACUUGAUAGCAAGCCUUGCGGGGAAGGAAAACAAGCCGCAUGAGCGGGUAGUAGAGCUUCUAAAGUACAAGGGUAUGGGCGAGACGCGUAAAGCCAUCGAGACGUGGAACAUGCCACGGUUUCCCAUCUCGGGGAAGGACUUGCUGGAGAUGAACGUAAAGAAGGGACCCGUGUUUUCUAAGGCUCUUGGGGAGCUGCGGCGGCGGUGGAUUGAGAGUGACUUUCAGAUGACGCGGGAAGAACUGCUUGACACCAUUGGAGAAGUGCUGAGUGACAUUCGCAGCUGAUUUCAGUUAUUUCUGAUUAUAUUAACGUAGCAUUUGUUUGGUCUUAGUCAUGUUAUUUUUUACAUUUUUUUUUAUCCCAAUAUAUAUAUAUGAAUUAUAUAUAUAAAUCAUACUCGUUACCAAACAUGUUUGUUUUGGUUUAUUUUUGUUGUCGUUUUAGUAUAUGUGUUACAUUACAUUACAUCUUAAAUGUAUAGUGAAAAUAUCAUGUUUCUGGUACAAACAUUAAAUAUUUUUCCCAAAAUUCUAAUGUUAAGAUGAAACAUUAAUGCUUUUGAUUAGGGAUACAGUUGUAGGACUAAUGGUAAUUAUGUAAACAAAAAUAAAGGUGAAUAAUUAAUAAAAUAACAUUAAAAUAAAAUUAUCACAUUUUGUUUUGUAGAAAAUCAUGGCAUGUGUUAAUGGAAUGCAGAAUCAAUAAAGUUACACCUGAAUUGUUUUUAUCUUAUCUUAACAUUAAUUCAUGCACAAUGAAUAUGAGCAACAUGUUUAUCCUAGUUUGGAAUUAAAUUGAAAUUAGUGCUAACAGUUUUCUGUGAAAUAUUUGUGGCAAUUGUUAAAUUGAAAAUGAUUAAAGCAGAUCGGACCAUGUGUGUUUCUAAAAAAUGUAUUGUUAUAAUUUUACAUUAAAUUAAUUAAUUAUCAGAAUUUUAAGUCACAUAAUGAUAACUUAUUUUAUGUCCCAAAUUUACUAGUCCUUAUAUUUCCAGUUAAUCAUUUUCAAACUUGUUUUUGUUGUUUUAAGGGUUUUUUUUUUCAACAAAUUUUGGUUAAGACUGUGAUGCAUGGUUUAGAUUUUUUCAUUUCAUUAAAUGACCUUUUAAUUGUCUUUGCAUUUAAUAUCCCUAUUCUAUUUUGUUUAUCAUUUAGUUGUUGAGUAACAUUUUUGGACAGAAUAAAACAUGUCGAAUAAAGA